UCUCUUUUCUCUCUUCAAUUUUGUCAGUUCUGUAGGUUCUGUUGCUAGGCAAGGUAAGUCAAGUCAAAGCCACUGAUAUAUACACAUUAGUAUAUAUAUAACAUUGUCAUCUACGAGUAUAUAUCAAGGAUUGAAAGAAUAUACAUAUUGUAAGAUAUAGUUGAAAUAUUAAUUUCAUGAUGAUGGAGGGCAAAGCAACUGUUACUUACCAAACAAACGCGGUCUUCUCCCCCAACAAUGCUGUGGGUAUGGCGGAUGGUAAUGCUGGCAGUUCUUCACAGGAGGACGAGAGAGGAAGCGCCGCCGCGGGGUUCCGCAGGGCGGAGACUCUGCUCCGCCUCUUUCCCAUGGCUCUGUGUGUGGUGGCGCUGGUUUUGAUGCUCAAGAACUCCCAAAGUAACACGGACUUUGGCUCCAUUUCUUAUUAUGAUGUUUUGCCCUUUAAGUAUUUGGUGCACGCAAAUGGAAUAUGUGCGGGUUAUACACUCCUAUCAGCCGUGGUCGCAGCCAUACGAAGGCCCUUCAGUAUGCCUCGUGCUUGGACCUUCUUCCUCCUUGAUCAGGUGGCAGUCAAGAUUUGGAUUUGCAUUUCGGCAUUGCUUUUGCUAGUAAGUGUUGAUGUCAUGGAGGCCCACAAUCACAACAUGGUUUCGCCAGUCUGAAGCAUAUGGAUCGGACUGUCGGAGCAUCUUUUUCAAGUAUAGUGGGGUCUAAAUUGCGGCAUUGCUAUUUAAACCAUGCUUGCAUCUACUGCUUUGUAAUGCAACAAAUACUCCUUUCUGCCCCAUUUAUAAGUAAACCAACCUGGACAAGGCCAAAACCGAGAGUGAUGAGAAUGGAAGAAGCCUAAAUAUGCUAUGAAGAACAAGUCAAUUCGACCCCAAAACUUCUGAUGACUGUGCUGACUAGUUACUGCUGAACGGCUGAACCAGGGAUCGAGUUGCUUUAUCGUCAGUCAAGCAUUGUAAACCGAACGGGAACUUCUUUCGGGAACGGAGGGAGUAAUAGUUGAAAUGUUCAUUAAUAAAAUACUUUUCAUGUAAUAGCUCUGUUAAUUGCGCGAUGCAAUCGCGCCUCAGGGACAUUUACUCCAUUUGCGAUAAGAGGCGUACCCAAUAAACGAUACGCGAGGAGUUCAUGAGGCGCACGGACGGAACUAGUGAGGAGCCACGAAGAUGGGCCCAUACGGAUUUUUAAUUAUAUCUAUCUAACAACAUUAUAAUCUUCAAUCAUGAUUAAUGCCCUUGAUUUGUGUCAUGCUAGCUUGUGCAUAGGACUUUGUACACUGCUUUAAAAAACUUGGACCGCAUUCUUCUCUACCCUUAUGGCGUCAAAAUUUCUUCUACCGUUAUAUCUUCGACAAGUUAAUUUCACAGUCAAAAUUAAUUUCUUCACACCUUCAAUUCCCCUCCCUCACUACGUUGUCUCAAUUUCUAAAAAGCCGGCAGAAAUUCCAAUCGUCACACCCUCGAUUGGAAAACCCUUCGCUCCAGAAUCUCUAAUGUUUGUAACCGCCUCGAUCUGAAAUUAAUUGAAAAUAACGGCCUGUUUGGAUGAAGGGUUGAAAAGUGUUGGUAAGGGCCCAGAAGGGAAAAUAAGUGUAAGUGUAAACCAUAAACUUAUCUUGUUUGGGAGAGUUAAAAAAUUGAAAUGUUAAUAACAGAAGUGUUUUAAGUUAAAUUGACAAUAAUGUCAUCAUUUAAAUCAAGUUAAAUUGACAAUAAUGUCAUCAUUUAAAUCCUAAAUACAAUGUUUUAUUUAAGUUAGCUAUGAACUGCACAAGUACUGGAGUACAAUACAAUAUCCAUUUGAAUGGAAAGAAAAUAAACUUGUAGUAAAAAUUAUAGAUUCUAGAUACAAUUUGAAUUCCAAAAAGAAUUUUAAAAAAGCCAUACUAUUUCAGUUUGACAAAUCAGUACCAAACGGAUAACACGAACAGAGAAGAAGUAUGAGGCUCGUCGAGGCACUUGACCAAGGGAGCAGACGGCAUCUUCUUUUCAAUUUGCUUGCUUAUAGGGAUUUGUAAUAGUUUAUUUAUUUAUUUAUUUAUUUAUUUAUUUAUUUAUUUAUUUAUUUAUUUAUUUAUUUAUUUAUUUAUUUAUUUAUUUAUUUAUUUAUUUAUUUAUUUAUUUAUUUAUUUAUUUAUUUAUUUAUUUAUUUAUUUAUUUAUUUGUAACAUUUGUUUAGCAAAGACGAGAUAGCUACUGGAAGAAAUAUGGAAGGGUAAGAUUUGUCCAACACUCCAAAAACACUCCAAUUUGGAGUGUUAAAAAUGUUACUUAUUGGGGCGUUAGGGAGGUUUCUCGUAACACUUCUAAACACUUACUAACACUCCAAUUUUUUUAAAACAAUCUCCCAAACAGGUGUUAAGACCAACAUGCCUUAACACUUCCAUUACUAACACCCUUCAACACCUUUACCUGAUCCAAACGGGCCGUAAGUGUUCUCGGGCAGUAUAAGGAUGUUUUCUUUUGGACUGUUUUCAGUCCCAGACCGGACCUAAACAGACCAGACCAGACUUCCGUAGUUAUAAAAUACACAUAGACCAGACGUCUACCAGACCAGACCAGACCAGUUCAGACCAGACCAGCAAAUUUAACAUCCUAAAUUUGAGCAUGACUCUUGCUCAUGGUUUCCACCUCCUCUGCCAGCCUCCUCCUCUAUCAUCGCCUGAUGCUUAUCAUUCAUAAAUGACAGGUAAGUUAUUUUCUUUUUAUGCUAAAUUUGGUUUUUAAGUCUAGCUAUUAUGCAUUCAACUGUUAUAUGAAUUGAUUUCAUACCACGACAGACAAUCUGCUCUUAAACUUGGCAGCUGCGUUUUUUUUACCGUCCUUGUAUUUGCUUCCGUCCUCAUCUUUUUCAGAAUUUAUCCCCCCCUUCCCCCUGCAAUUUAUUGACUGACGCAUUCCUAGAUUUUUUUUUAUCACAAUCAUAUAGUGAGUUGAACAUUCUUUUCCUUUAGCUUUGCUCCUUUGGCAAUGUCUACAAAGAGCACCUUCUUCCCUUCAGAUUCAAGAAAGAUUAUUUGGAAGUGUUUGUAUCAGAUUAUUGGUGGAACUGGUUCACUUGUUCCAAAGAAACCAGUGAUUUGAGAAGAAUAUGUAUUUAAAUUUAUUUCCAAAAAUUAAAUUUUGAUUUAGUGAAAAACGUACUAGUGGUUUUGGAAGCCCAUAACUUUGAGGGUAUGUUUGGUUCAUGGAAUGUCAGAUUACCAUGAGAAUGUCAUAGAUUGAUGAGAAUGUAUCCAAUUUAUUCUUAUUCGUGUUUGGUUAAGAUUAAGAGAAUGUGAUACUAAUUUACUUGGUUGAAAGAUAUUUUAUAUUGCAAAUAUGGUAAAUUACUUCAAUGCCAUUUAAAUAUUUUAUCUUAG